AUGCGACCGGCGGUAAUCGGGUCCCAUGUCCAUCUCCUCUGCACCUACCACUGCGGCAGUGCCGCUGGGCAGAACAUGGUCACUAAGGCCACCGCUCAUGCCUGUGAUAUGCUUCGCCAGCAGUAUGAGGGCAAGUUUUUCAUCCGGGACUUUUUCAUUGAGGGCCAGCUGGCCUCUGACAAGAAUGCCUCGUGGGGCAAUGUCAAGACGCCCAGGGGUGUGGAAGUUAUUGUCUGGGGAACAAUCACCAACGACGCUUGUCAGUCAGUGUUUGGAUGCAGCACUGAUCGCCUCUACCUGAUGCACAAGAUUGCGAAGGAAGGGGGGCUCCGGAACGGCCAGUUCGGCUCCAAUAUCAACACCGCAAACAUCCUAGCAGCCAUGUUCGUCGCGACCGGGCAGGAUGCAGGCAGCGUUGCCGAAGCAUCGUGGAGUCAUUUGACUUCUGAGCUAGACAAGGAGACGCAAGACCUGAGGAUGUCCCUUUACUUUCCCUCAAUUCCCGUCGGCACAGUCGGCGGUGGCACUGGGUACGCCACCCAGAAGGAGGCGCUGCAGAUGAU